AUGAGUGAUAUAAAUAUGAUUAAUAAUACACAAGAAGAAGACUAUCUUGAUCGAUUAAGUUAUAUUCUUCCAUGGCAAAGACCAUUAACAUCCUUUGAACGUUUAUUAAUUGUAUUUAUUGUUGCAGCAUUUGUUUCAAUUGUUGGUUGUAUUUUACUUUGUCUUGUUUGUUUUCGAUCUUCUUUAAGACGAAAAUAUUGUUCAAAAAAUAAAUUAAAUACAGAACAACAUAAUUUGAUAAAUACAAUAUCAAGAAAAAAUAUAGCUGUAAUCCCAUCAUCACCACCAAGCUAUGAAUCAAUUGUUAAAGCUGAUGAUAUUCUAGAUUUUAAUAAAUUAUCUAAGAGUCCAUAUUUAUAUUUAGUAAGAAAAUCUUCCAAUGGAACUGUAUCUGACACCGAUGGUAGUAAGUCAUGCGAUAAUAAUGAUUAUCUUGCAUCAUUAAAUGAAAAUACUCGUCGUACUCGAUCAGCUCGUUCAUCAUUAUCAAAUACUGAUACACUUGCAACUAUAACUAAUACAUAUCCAUUAGGUCCAUAUGCUCAAAUAAAUGUUGAAAUUGAAAUUAAUAUAAUCGAAAAUUUACUUAAAAUUCAUUUAACUAAUGGUGAAAAUUUUUUACGUCAUCCAAUAUUUGAUGAACAAACAGAAUAUUUUAUUCGUAUACAAUUAUUAAAUAAUAACACAUUAAAAAAAUUUUCUGAUGAACGAAAAAAACAUCGAUCAAGUUUACCAUUAAAUAUAUGGAAAAAACAACAAGAAAAAACAACGAAAAAUUUAUCACGAACAUCAAAUGAUACAUUAUUAUGUGAUCAAGAUAUACAAUUUCAAUUCAAUAGAAAUGAUAUAACAUUAACAACACUUCGAUUUUUAUUAUUUUGUGCAGAUCGAUCAGGUUUUCAAGAUUUAAUGUUUGAAGCAUUGAUUCGUUUAAAUCCAUCAAUGAUACCUAAAUAUCAACAAAUAAUUGAAUUUAAAAAUCUUCCACAAAUUAAUUUUGGAGAAAUAUUUCUUGGUAUAAGUUAUCUUCCAACAUCAGAACGAUUUACAAUUAAUAUUAAUAAAUUACGUUAUUUUUGUAAAAUAGACAAAGAAAAGAAAAUUGAUGUUCGUCUAACAAUAACAUUGUUUCAUAAUGGCCGUCGUUUUUUUCAAAAGAAAAUUCCACUUACUCUCAAUGAUUCAUCAUUGAUUGAUUAUGAAAUAAAAGAUACUAUUACAGAAAAUAUUCCACAAAAUGAUAUACAUUCUGUAUAUGUACAUGUUGAAUUUAAUUCAAAAGAUAAUUCAUUUAUUUCUUCAAGUUCAAUUAUUCUCGGUGAACGUACACGUUAUGAAUCUGAUUGGCAGAAAAUGCUUGAAUAUGCUCGACAAACUCAUCAAAGAUGGUAUCCAUUUCUUGGAUAA